CUCAAACCUUAUCUGAUGUCCCGUAGUUACAGCCUCCGAAACAAAGAGGCGCAGUACACAGGGUGUCAGGGGCAAGGCGUUAUCAUAAUCUAUAAAAGUGCGACGGUUACUGCGCGCGCGCACAUUUACUCAUUCGCGCGCGCUCGGUCCGCAUUGUACGCGUUUCGCGUGUUUUUUGUUCCACACGUGAUUGACGGUGUUUCCAUAAUGACGUCCAAUGACUUCCGUCUGGAACGGAACGUAGAACUAUCGGAAGAGACCAAAGCCAUCGCUGAAGAGGAGUUGAGAGAGACCCCAGAAAGGGUAAAAGAGGCUUUGGAAAGACUGAGAGAGUUGUUAAAAGAGAACAAAGACUUAUACUUCGGUGAUGAUGAUGAAAUCCUUACCAUAUUCCUGCGUCCCUGCAAGUGGUAUCCAGAGAGUGCAAUUGCCCUUAUGCGGCGUGUAGCUGAAUUUAAAAAAGAAAAUGCCUCUCUACUGGACGGGUUGCUACCAGAACACGAAAUCCAACCCUUCUUAGAACACAAAGUUGUGAACGUGCUGAAGGGCCGUGACCACAAAGGAAGAAGAGUUCUAGUAGUCAAUGUUGGAGCCUCCUGGGACCCGAAGAAGGUGACGGCGGACCAGCUCUUCAGGCUUUUUUACUUAAUUCACGAAGCCGCGAUGUUGGAGCCAGAGUCUCAAGUUCGAGGCACCGUCGUCAUCAUGGACUUCCACAAUAUGGGCUGGACUCAGACAUGGGGACUUACACCAAGCUUCUCAAAACGUCUCCUGACUUUCAUUCAGGAUGCGAUGCCUUUACGGUUGAAGGAAGUCCACUUUGUCAAGGAACCAAUGCUUUUCAGUGCCGUAUGGAAGAUGUUCAAACCUUUUAUCAGAGAAAAGCUAAAAAAUAGGAUAUAUUUCCACGGAUCAAAGAUGUCUUCGCUCCACAAGCAAAUGAAUCCAUCUCACUUACCAGCCGAUUACGGUGGCGAUCUGCCAGCUAUCGACUACUCUGGGGCUGAAUGGUACCCGGUCAUCAACGAAAUAUUACCGCAUAUACAUAACUGGAACUCCUAUGGUUUUGCUAAGGACUCCUAAAUUAGAAAUAGGUGUACUAACUAAGACCUGGAGUAUAAACGUCUUAAAUAAUACUAUAUCUACAAUGUCAGCCAAUUAAGUUCAGCGCCACCUAGUGGCGUUUUAUAAAAACAAUUUCGAUCAUUAAUUUUUAUUUGACAAAACUAAUUACUGUCUGCUCUGUUACACAAUAAAUGUCUAUUUCAUUGUUAUAAUAUUUAUGAUCAUCCUUUUGAUUUAAGAAUUUUGUGUUCGGAUCAUGUAAUUUCCUAUUGAAUACAUACUGUCUUGGUUAGUAGUAUUGCCAUAACUAGGGGAUAUUAAAUUGUAGUUAGACGAGUGUUGGUUAUAAAAUUAGUUGUAGGAUACUCUUUUUAAUUUCUCAGUACUUAUGGAGAUAGUACGAUUCUGGUAGUUUUCUAAGAUCAUUAAUAUAUAACGAAGCAUUUGUAGUUUAGAGAAUAUAAUUAUGUGAUUUUUUUGUACCUAAUUUUAUUAAAUGACUAAUAAUUAAGACUAAACCGGCAGCGAUGUGUAAGACAAUAAAAUUAUGUACAAAAUAUAUUUACAAUAUUCGUUAAGGUGAAUUCCAUAGGUUUUUUAUAUUUGUGAUUUUUGGACCAAUAUUCAUAAUAUCGUGAUUGUUGAAGACUGGAUUACAAAUGAAUUAUUGUGCCUUUAUUAAUAUUAAGAUGUGAUAUGAAAUCAUUGUUAAGUGUUUGAGCGAGUUUCAUGACAUGAUGUAUAAUCCUGUAAGCUUAUCUAUCGGUAUACGCAAGACCCUAGACAAAUGUUUUAGAUUCAAGCGUUCGAAUUUUAAAUUUCUAUGGAUGGUCAUCUAAAAACUUACCCAUAUAAUAUAUUUUAUAAUUUUAGACCAUAUUUUAGGUAAAACAUUUCUUGGGUCUUCCCUCAGCUCUGGCUGUGAGUCUAUAAUGCCACACGGAGAGAAAAAGUACAAAAACCUUAUCGUGUUAACAAAAAUUCAAUCUCUUAAAUUAAUCACUAAAGUCACGCGAGUAUGCCAUUUGCAUUUUAAAAUACAUAAUAUUUAAAAUAUCCAAAAGUGAUUUUGUCUCAAGCCCUGAGUAAUAUUUGGUCUUCCAAUGUAUGCUAUCAGUAAUUUAAUUAUUUUCAUUUAUUAAAAAUGUUUCAUCCUCGUAACUAAUGGUUGGUUUUUGUAUCUUUUAUGAGCGUUGUAUAAAAAAUUUAGAGUGAAAAUGUGACCAAAGUUAUUCUUAUAAAGAUUUGUUAUGUUUAUACUAAAUAGAUAAUGAAUUAGCAAUGCAAAAUCUAACACCUCUGAUAAAUCGAUAAUUCUGUUUUCAGCUCAUAGUUGUAUAUAAAAUAUCAAUACCCCAAACUGAAAUGAUUGUAUCCUAUGUUUAGCGUCCUCUUUCAAUCACCAGACAAAUCUUGUAUGACUGAAUCCUUGAUAUUCGUAGGCGUGAUUCGCUAUUUAAAUUUGUAUAUUGUCUAGAGCUACUUUUGCCUAGAUCCCGGUUAUUGUAGUACUUGUCUAUGAUUAUGUACAGAAUAAAAGCAGCUCUUUUAUCUGUGGCACAGGGUGCAUCGCUGAUUCCAUUAUCUAAGUAUUUUCUUUGAAUGUUUAGUACUAAGAUCGAAGAUAUACCUGUGUUGCUCAACGUAGACUGUUAUAGCAUACCAUAUGAAUUUUUAAAUAUAUGACAAUAAAUUUAAA